AUGUAUCGGAUAACCAAAAGAUGGGUUAUCUCACCUUCCGUUUGUCUCUUCUUAAAAAAUUUAUUUUGCAAAAAAAAUAUUCUCUUUCAUUUUCCAGCAACAACAUCAUCAAUUUCUCCAGUAACUACUUCAAUUGUCCCUCCUACUCCCCCUACUCCUCAACCAACAACAGUAAUACAUCCAGCAUUAGCUUUAAUGCAAAUUCAAAUGCUUGGACAAUUAGCCUCUUUAAGUAAUCAACAAAGAAUAUUUCAACAAAAUAAUGAACAACAACAAAAUUGUUUAAAAUUUUUAAGACAAGAAAACUCUGCUUUUUCAAUUAACAGAAAUGAAACAACAAAAUCUUCUUCUUUUUCUUUAAUUCAACCAAAAGAAGAAGAAAAUUUUAUUUUAAGGUGA